AUGCUGCUGCCUGGUGAGGAGCUAGUGAUGGAGGGCAUGAGGGUUCAUCUGAUGCCGGACGGAAGAGAGGAGGCCACAGGGCUCAUGGGAGGGCCCCCACUGCUGCCCGCAGAGGGAGCCAUCUUUCUCACCACCUAUAGGCUCAUCUUUAGAGGGACGCCCACCGAUCCUCUGGUGGGAGAGCAGGUGGUGACGCGCUCCUUCCCCAUCGCCUCUCUCACCAAAGAGAAGAGGAUCUCUGUGUCUUUGCCCAUGGACCAGUUUGUACAAGAGGGACUGCAGCUGCGCUCCUGCACCUUUCAGCUGAUAAAGAUUGCGUUUGAUGAGGAAGUGGCAUCGGACUUGGCUGAAGUGUUCAGGAAACAUGUGCACAAACUGCGCUACCCUCCCCACGUCCAGGGAACUUUUGCCUUCACCGCAGGACAGAGUGUCAAGAUGGUGGUGGAGCACAAGGCCAAAGACAAGAACCAGUCUCUCAAAACCCUGUCCAAAAACCUUGUGAAGAGUGCCAAGCGGACAAUCGGUCGUCAGUAUGUGAGCAGGAAGAAGUACGCGCCACCCACCUGGGAAAACCGCGGCAGCUUCCACUCUGAGCUCGAUGACGACGACAUCUCAGUCUGUGAGGAGGUGGAGCCCAGUGCUAUGACCCUGUCCUCAACCAUGCGCUCAUCCGACAGACAGACGAUGAGUAACGUGGUGGAGCGAGCCUGUUGUCGUGACUACCAGCGCCUCGGACUGGGCACGCUCAGUAGUAGCCUGACGCGCUCCAAAAAUGAGCCCUUCAGGAUUUCCACUGUCAACCGCAUGUACACAGUCUGUCGAAGUUACCCCGGGCUCCUCAUCGUGCCUCAGUCCAUCCCAGACGGCACACUCCAGAGGAUAUGUCGAUGUUACAGACAGAGCCGCUUCCCUGUGGUGUGCUGGCGGAACACGCGCACCAAAGCGGUGUUACUGCGCUCUGCUGGUCUCCACGCUAAAGGAGUGGUAGGCUUCUUCAAGUCGCCCAAUACCUCUACUGCGGUCCCGUCCCAGGCGGACUCCACCAGCCUGGAGCAGGAGAAGUACCUACAGGCCAUCAUCAGCUCCAUGCCCUCGUACAGUGAGAGCAGUGGGCGUAACACUCUUAGCGGCUUCAGCUCCGCCCACAUGAACACUUCAGAGUUGUCGGACAGGCUGCGGCCGCCGAAGCUUGGAGCGUUGCUCAAACAGGUGGCAGGAGGUAAAGAGGACGCCCCAGGAACAUUCAGCCGAGGAGCUCUAGGCCAAAAGGCGAAAGUGGUGUCUGGGUCUCAACCCAAAGUGUCUUCAACCAAAGGCAGAUGCAGCCCGCGAGGUAAAUGGGGCAGUAUUCGUGGCAGUGGGCGCCUCAGUGCGUAUGCCCCAGACGUGGGACCUCGGCUGGCGGGGAAAGAAUCUCCACAGCCCAACGGAGCUCUGAGUGAAGCCCUGUUCCUCCGGCAGCAUAAAGCCUUCCUCUACAUAAUCGGAGACAAGGCUCAGCUCAAGGGGGGUAAGCAGGACUCGUUCCAGCAGUGGGAGGUGGUGCCUAUUGAGGUGUGUGACGUCAGACAGGUGAAGAACAGUUUUAAGAAGCUGAUGAAGGCCUGCAUACCCAGCUCAGCCUCCAGCGACCCCAACAUGAGCUUUCUGCGCUGCCUGGAGGACUCCGAGUGGAUGAGCCUGCUGCACAGAGUCCUGCAGGUGUCAGUGUUGGUGAUGGAGCUAUUGGACGCAGGCUCCUCUGUGAUGGUCAGCCUGGAGGACGGAUGGGACGUUACCACGCAGGUGGUGUCCCUGGUACAAAUCCUCUCCGACCCAUACUACCGCACACUGGAGGGCUUCAGGCUGCUGCUGGAAAAAGAGUGGCUGUCCUUCGGUCAUCGUUUCAGCCACAGGGGCGCUCAAACUGUGGGAUCCCAGAGCAGUGGCUUCACUCCGGUCUUCCUGCAGUUCCUCGACUGUGUGCACCAGAUCCACCUGCAGUUCCCCAUGGAGUUUGAGUUCAGCCAGUACUACCUGAAGUUUCUAGCCUAUCACUACGUGUCCAACCGCUUCAGGACUUUCCUCCUGGACUCUGACUAUGAGCGCAUCGAGCUGGGAGUACUAUACGAAGAGAAGGGCGACCGCAGGCCUCCUCAGCUCUGUAGAUCUGUGUGGGAUUACAUUGAGCGCCUCAACAAGAAAACUCCAGCCUUCUACAACUACAUGUUUGCCCCUGAGGACGACGAGGUCCUGCGCCCGUACACCUUCAUCUCCAACCUCCACGUGUGGGACUACUACACAGAGGAGACUCUGUCCGAGGGCCCUCCGUAUGACUGGGAGCUGAAGCCUCACCCGCCGGAGCGCAUCCCGGAGGAGAGUCCGGAGAAGAGCCUAGAGGCCGAGCUCGGAGCCACCCCUGACAAGUGGAGGGACACCUGGGACAAGCUGAAGAGCCAGCAGAGGCACGAGACCCGACAGGAGAACAAGCCGUCCUUCUCCAGCUCCCUCCUCAUGGCCUCCAACCCGGGGCACCAGCGGCGCUCCCAGCCAGUUUACCUACAGGAUAGCCCCUCGUCUCUGGGCCUGGACUGUCAGGCCUCAGCCACCUCCACCCCUGUCCCAGGCCGCCAGAGCAGCAGCACCCUGUACAGCCAGUUCCAGAGCAGCGAGAGUGAGAACAGGAGUUUUGAGGGAAUCCUGUACAAGAAAGGUGCUCUUCUGAAGCCGUGGAAGCCGCGCUGGUUCGUCCUGGACAAAACCAAGCACCAGCUGCGGUACUACGACACGCGUCAAGACAAGGAGUGCAAAGGCGUGAUCGAGCUGGCUGAGGUGGAGACUGUAAUCAUGGCCACGCCUACCAUGGGAGCGCCCAAGAACGUGGAGGAGAAGGCCUUCUUUGACCUGAAGACCACAAGGCGCGUCUAUAACUUCUGUGCACAGGACACUUUCCAUGCGGCUCAGUGGACUGAGAACAUUCAGAACUGUCUGUCGGACGCAUAA